GGGCUUUCUGGUCCUCAGGCUCGUCCCUUCCCUUUUCUGUAGGUGGCUCAUUUUCCCUUUAAGAACAACAUGAGCUUUGUGGUCCUUGUACCCACCCACUUUGAAUGGAACGUGUCCCAGGUACUGGCCAACCUGAGUUGGGACACCCUGCAUCCACCUUCGGUGUGGGAGAGGCCCACCAAGGUCCGGCUGCCUAAGCUGUAUCUGAAACACCAAACGGACCUGGUGGCCACCCUCAGCCAGCUGGGCCUACAGGAGCUGUUCCAGGCCCCAGACCUGCGCGGGAUCUCUGAGCAGAGCCUGGUGGUGUCCGGCGUGCAGCAUCAGUCCACCCUGGAGCUCAGCGAGGUCGGCGUGGAGGCGGCGGCGGCUACCAGCAUCGCCAUGUCCCGCAUGUCCCUGUCCUCCUUCAGCGUGAACCGCCCCUUCCUCUUCUUCAUCUUUGAGGACACCACAGGCCUUCCCCUCUUUGUGGGCAGUGUGAGGAACCCCAACCCCAGCGCACCACGGGAGCUCAAGGAGCAGCAGGAUUCCCCGGGAGACAAGGACUUCCUCCAGAGCCUGAAAGCCGGCCCCCGCGGAGACAAGCUCUCCGGCCCUGACUUGAAACUUGCGUCCCCCUUGGAGGAGGAUUACCCCCAGCUUGGCAGCCCUAAGUGAGGGGCCGUGGCUGUGGCAUCCAGAGUCCCUGACUGGACCAGCCUCUCCACUCAUGUGACUCUUUCCAACCUGCUUUGUGGCGCUCGGGCAGGGGCCGGGGGGCUGUCUGAGAGAGGCCAUUGUUUCCCAACAUCUCUUGGGGAGUUUAGGGCCGGGGGGGGCGGUUGGGCGGAGGGCAGGCAUCGGGGGGCCGGGAGCCUGACCCUCAUCUUUCUUCCAAAUGGGCUGGGCCGGGGCCUGGGCAGGAGGGAGGUGCUGCUAGUUCUGCCAGGAGACAGGUUAGCUGCUCCCCGCGUCAGCUGGGACACCCCUACUUUUGUUUACCAGAGAGAAAGGGAGGGGGAGAGGGUCACCUUUGGACUUGUCCUGGGACGCCGAGGCUAGGGCGGGGAGAGACGGGCCCCGGUGGAGGCCCCGGAGGGAGGGUUGUCCUCAGCCCUGCGUGGAACUCGCGUCUGGCACAGCCUGACCGUGGCCUAACCUGCUGAGAGCCCAUCAGCCUCCAUCCCAGCCCCAGGGCCGUGUCAUCCCGGCUUCCCACGGCUCCUCGAGAUCCCAACACUGCCAGCAUCUCCCUCCCUCUCUCCUGUCUCCCUCCUCUGCCCGGGAGCUCAGGAGCCAAGGCAGGGAAGGGUCCUAUGGGCUCCUUAAGGCUCUUUUGUAAGGUUUUUGUAGUGAUUUUUAUGCCACCUGAAUAAACAAUGAAUGGGC